AACGAACCUAAUGUCGACUGUCAUGUUGAACAGUUUAACAGCUUGGAAAUUGUAAUUGGAAAGAAAAAGUUAAAAAUUGUUUAUAUUUUAAUUUUUUUUGUUUUAAUUGCGAAUUUUGAAGUUAUGCUAAGUGUGACGCUUCUUUAAUGAGUUUAUUAUAAUAAUUUAAGUAUAGUCCAGUUCUAAUUUGAUUGUGUAGGUACUAUAAAGAAUUAAAUAUGAGUGAGGCAGUGUAUGAAAGUGAUUCUGUUUCUUAUACAAAUUUCCAAUAUGCAGAAUACAAUUUUGAAAAUUCUACUUUAGAGUUAGCCAGAGCACAAUGGCCUAAUUACGAUGAUCAACAUUACCUUAAAGGAUGCAAAUGGUCGCCAGAUGGGACUUGUCUACUUACUGUAGUUAGGGGAGCUGGAAUGCAUGUCAUGGAACUACCCAGUGAUUUAUAUACAGGUGACAGUAUUCCUAGCAGCCGACCCAUUGUACCUUUAAUUCCAGCAGUUAGUGUCCCUGAAGCAGGACUUAUUUAUGAUUAUUGUUGGUAUCCUGGUAUGAAUAGUGGUAAUCCAGCUACAUGCUGUUGGUUAUCUAGCGGCCAUGGCGGUCCCAUACAUCUGUGGGAUGCAUUUACUGGCGAUUUAAGAUGCACUUACAGAGGCUAUAACAACCAAGAUGAAUUGGAACCUGCUAUGAGUGUUUCAUUUUCUGCAGAUGGCCAGAACAUAUUUUGUGGAUAUAAGAAAAACGUUAAAAUAUUCGCUACAGGCAGACCUGGUAGAGAAUAUGUUGAAUACCCCGUACCUCACCAAGUGUCUUGUCUCGUAGCUAGUCAAGCACAACCUGGAGUAGUAGCUAUAGGAACAUGGAAGAAUACAAUUGAUCUUGUAUCUCAAAGUGAUGGCUCAUUUCGACAUCUUUGCAAAUUAAAUGGCCACAAAGGGGGUAUCACAACGAUGACUUUCUCUCUUGAUGGUUUCCGUUUAUACAGUGGUGCUAGAAAAGACAAAGAAAUUAUCUGCUGGGAUUUACGUGUUCCAGGGAGACCAAUGUUUUGUUUAUAUCGUGAAGUCAACACCAACCAGAAGAUAAAUAUAGACCUAAGUGUAGAUGGUAAAUGGUUGGUAUCUGGAGGGACAGAUGGUAAGGUACAAGUGUGGAAUGUGACUGAGCAAACUUAUCCUUCAGUGCAUAUGCAAAUGGCGUUACAUAGUGACUGCUGCAACGGAGUAAGCCUACAUCCUUACCGACCCAUUUUGGCGACUGCUUCAGGUCAACAUCAUACUUUGGAUCCGUUACAUCACACUAGAAAUUCUUUGCAAUACGAAAAUGCUUUGUCUAUGUGGUGGAUAGGAGCACAACAAGAAGAUCCCGAUUUAUUAACUGCAAUUAUUAAAGCUGCUACGACCCGUUCCUAAGAUCAUAAGAUAUAAUUUUCUAAAAAUAUUCUUUAUUAUGAAUUCCGAAUAAACUAAUUGCUUUGUA